AUCGGAAUCAGUUUGUCGUGGUAUUAGGAAAAGAAUGGCCAAUGCAAGUUUAACCAAAGUAAAUGAGCAGUACUGGGCUUCAGUUCAGGGCAAGGUUAAAGAUUGGAUUCAAAAAACUGAUGCCACUGUAUUAGUAUUAUACAUACCGCAGCCAACAAAGCGGAAUCCCAUCCCUACUUUAAAGUUUGAAGGGUCAAGAAAGCUGAAAGCUGUGGUUGAGUCAGAAGAAGUAAGGAUUGCCAUCAGCACUGCUUGCAGUGGUCCUCCCCCUCCUGUGAAAUCAAUUAAAGAUGAAAUGGAGAACAUCAUUCAACCCUGGACCAUGCAAGUAAAGAGGUGUAUAAUCUCUAACUUGGUUAGGCAGUACAUGGAAUUGAAGUAUGGUAGAAAGAGGGACAUUUGGGGUUAUCCUUCCCUUAAACCAGAUGCUAGUGCAUUAAGGCAACACCCAUCAGCCACGCAAAACUCAAUUUAUAGGACCCGACACAGUGCUGCGACUUAUCUUAUUUCUAUUUCAUACUGACAUCGUUUUGAAUGAGUAAUUAAUUAUUGACUGUAUUAUUAUGACAGCAAAGUGUUUCGGCGGUUUGAUAUCGUACUGGUGUAUUAAAAAUCAAAAUCACGGCCCCGCCUUCCUCAGGGAUCCAACCGUAAUUUCUAUUGUGGCAAAAUAGCUUUUGUAAGCAAAUCACCAAUACUUUUAUGUUUAGCAUAUGCAAUCAUUGGUUUUGUUUGAAAGAUUUCUUUGCAUUUUUCAUCUUUUAAAACUAAUGACCAGUAUUUUAAUAAUUUGGAUUUCAGACCUUUGAUUCUUGGGUCAUACUUUGUAAUUAGAACCAUAGGUAUUUCCUUUGUUUUCUUGGUUUUAUGUAACGUUAUGACUCUGUUUACAGCUAAGGAUUCAUUAAUAAUUGGGUCAAUCUCAAUUCUCUUGUAUUCUCUGUUUAAAAGGUGUGAUCUGAACUCAAGAAGUUCGUUGUGCAAUAUUUCCUUGUCACUUGUAUUGCGUACAUGUCUUAUACAUUCCCCCUUAAUAAAGCCUUUAAAAACUGCUUUAGGGUGAGCGCUGUGGCGGUGCAAAUAUUGGAAUGUAUUUGUUGGUUUAAUAUAUGACUUAACGUCAAGAAUAUGAAAUUCCUUGAAACGGUUUCCUUUGUAUACAUAUGUGUCCAGAAAUGGUAGUGAUGCUUCCGAUAUUUCAUAGGUAAAUUUCAAUAAAGGAUGACAUUCAUUUGCUAUUUCGAAAAAGCGAAUAAUUUCGUUUUUCGGGCCCUCAUAAAUCAUAAAUCCGUCAUCACGGAAUCGCCCAUGGAAGCAAAUUUUGUGUUUGUAUUCAUAGUUGUUUACUAGCAUUUCAGUUAUUUGAUAUACUCUUAGGUCCGAUAUUUCUGGACUACUUGGGCUUCCCAUUGGACACCCGAUUGUUUGUUUGUAAUAUUUGCCAUUGAAUUCAAAUAACGUGGUUUCGAGAAUGCACUUUAGUAAAAACAUCAAGUCAGCUGUGUCAGGACAAGGAAUGUCUGAAUGCAAGCUGCAGUUGAAAUUCGAUAAUGCUUCUUCUACCGCCACUAAGAGUUCAUUGAAGGUCAUAUUCGUAUACAUUGAUGUUAUAUCGUAAGUGAUGAGUAAACAGUUCCUUGGCGGCUUGAUACUUUCAAUUUUGUUGAUGAAAUCUUUAGUAUCUUUGAUAUAAGUUUUCUGAGAUUGAACGAUUGGUAGUAGGAAAUAAUCGACGUAAUGACUUAUUCUCUCCGUUGGCGACCCUAUUUGUGAUAUGAUGGGUCUACAUUUUGGCAAUGUAUUGUCAUUUGCCCCCAUUUUAUUUAUUUUAGGCAAUAAAUAAAGUCGUCCUGGUCGUAGAUUUUGUUCGUUUGUUUUUGUAAGGUAGGAAAAUGUUUGUUUAUCUAUUUUUCUUUUUUGGAACAUUUCGUCUAUCUUGUCCUGUAUAGUUUUAUAGAUUAAGGACAAAUUAGGUUUUUCAAUUUCAGUAUAAUACUGUGUUGUUAAUUGACGCAGACCUUCUUCAAUGUAUUGUUUUUUGUCCAUUAUCACUACAGUGUUACUUUUGUCUGCUUUUUUGAUAACGAUGUCUUUAUUGUUCAGUAGGUCAUAAAGUGCCCUCCGUUCGGAAGGUGAUAAAUUAGAAACAUUUGAUUUGAUAUGAAUAGAUGACAAUUCUAAUUGUGUUAGAGCAAUAUAGUUUUCCAGUGCUUGGCAUGUAUAGCUAGGUAUAAAGCCUGUAUUUUCUCGAAAAGGAUGUAAACGUGCAUUUUCAUCUGUGCUAAAAUGAUAUUUGCAUUUCAGUUUUCUUGCAAAUUCUAGAAAAUCUUUCAUGACUUUGUUUUUGACGUUUUUUGUUUUUGGAGUUGGAAUAUAUUUUAAUCCCUUUGAUAAUAGCAAUGUUUCACUUUCUGUAAGUGAAUGAUUGGAGAUGUUCAGUACAUAGCUUUGAGCUUUUCUCACUUUGGCCGAAAAUUGGCGCUUUUUACGAGAGGAAGAAUUUCCUGCUCUUUUUUUGUCUUUUUGCUAUAUUGGCGAGCUUAUUAAAGCGUCGAGCCAUUUUGCGUACAACAGAAUAAAUGACUAGGUGAUUCAUAUGCGGCUUAUAAACUAAAAUACUACUUGGUUACACCCAAAAGGCAUUUCAUUGGUUAAAGAGAUUUCUUACCAGUGUGUAACGGAAGACGGAUAACUCCAGUUUGUGUAGCAUAAUUCAACGAUUUAAUUGCAUAAAAAUACACCAAAAAUAUGAUUUUGGUACACUGCUGGUUCAAAUAACAUUUCAUAAUCAAACAGUAGUUAGUAAGGUUUAUAGUAACGACCUCUUCCCCUUGGAAAAUUUCUUGUAACACCUCGACCACAUCUGUUCACGUUGCGAAUGUUUCUUGAAGAGGAUUCUUUGAUGAAUUUCGUGAAAUUUUCGAUUUCAAGAAAACAUUUACUUUUCUCUUCGUUAAUGAACUGGUCGAUUUCUUUUUUGGUUUCUGCCGCACUGCCCAGACUUUCAAAUGCAUAUUUUCUGCAAGAUUUCAUUGAAGUUUCCUUGUCUUGCACUUCGGUAUUAAGAUAUACCAUUAACUGUGCAAGUAGAUCACUAGUCAUUGGUUUUGUUAGAUUUCUCCACUGAGUUUGAAAUUUUUCUUUGUCCAUUGCAUUGGUGAGUUUAAGAGUGCAUUUUAAACUGAUUGAGAGCCAUGGCGGACUGCUACCCGACUGUAGAUAGAGAUUAAAGCUUUCUUUUAUCUUUGCUAAUUCGUUUCUUUCCGUCAUUAGAGUCUUGAUUUCAACUUUGCAGGACUUAGCCACGUUUUGCUGGUCAUUACUUCUGUUCAGGUCAUUAGGGUCGGUGGAUUUAAGAGAAAAAUCCAUUUCAUCAUCUUGUUUUAGUCCUUCUUGAUUAAGGCAAAACUCCAUAUCAUCAUCUUUGACUCUAGUGUUAUGAAUAUUAUUCUCGGCCAUAGCACUCUGAUAACUUUUCUUCUUGAGUGAGAGUUUGCUAUUAGUUCUUGGCAUUUUGUAAAACUAUUUUCUUUAAGAUUCAACAUAACUUGUCGUAAUAUAGGAUGACAAUUUCCGGUUAGGUGAUUAUCACCUAUUCAAAUUAAAUAGGUGAUAUCACCAAUUCAAAUAGGUAAUAUCACCUAUUCGAAUAGGUGAUAUCACUUAAUUAUUUUAAAUAGGUGAUAUUACUUAUUCGAAUAGGUGAUAUCACCUAUUCAAAUUAUUUAUGAAAUAACAAAAGCUCCCAAGACUAUAGUCUUUAAUUCUCAUUUACUUUCACUUUUGUUUUAUAACUUAGUGUUGUUGGAGACAAUGGAUAACAGCUUUGCAUUUAGUAUUUAGCACCCCAGUAAAACUUGUAGUUUGUUUUGCUCACAAAUUAUAUUCAUUACACUUAUCUAUCAUGUAUACUAUAGGAAAAAUCAUGAAAAACACAUAACAACUGUUCCAUACAGAAAAUACCCCACUUUACAUUAUAAAGAGAGAAAGGUAUGUCACUCUGUUGUACCCCAGCUUGGUAUAAUUUAUAAAAUUUAUUUAACUUUACAGGGGUCGAUAACAUAAGGUAUUUAAAAUGUCUCAAACUCAAAUACAGGGGAAAACUGAGCAGCCCAAAUUAGCUAGGUUCCAAUGGAAAUCUAGAUAGUCUUGAGGAAGGGAGCAUUCAUAUUUUAUUGUUGUAAGAUAUGCAUAUAGGUGAUAUCACCUAU